GUUGCUGCGGAGCGGCGGUGGCGGCGGCGGCGGGGCGGCCAUGGAGGUGCGUUGCGGCGGGCUGCUCUUCAGCUCCCGCUUCGACUCUGGCAACCUGGCGCGGGUGGAGCAGGUGGGGCCGCCCGAGGGCCCCGCCGCGCCCGGCGGCUCCGCGCUGCCCGCCGCCGACUACGAGUUCAACGUGUGGACGCGGCCCGACUGCGCGCACACCGAGUACGAGAACGGCAACAGGUCGUGGUUCUACUUCAGCGUGCGCGGCGGCGCGCCCGGGAAGCUGAUCAAGCUGCACAUCCUCAACAUGAACCGGCAGAGCCGGCUGUACGCGCACGGCAUGGCGCCCUUCGUUCGCACCGUGCCGGCGGCGCCCCGCUGGGAGCGCGUCCGCGAGCGGCCCUGCUUCCAGAUGGUGGAGGCCCAGUUUGUGCUGUCCUUUGUGCACCGCUUCCUGGAGCACCGCGGCACCACCACCUACUUUGCCUUCUGCUACCCUUUCUCCUACACGGAGUGCCAGGAGAUGCUGGCGCAGCUGGACAGCCGCUUUGAGGAGUGCCGGCACAUGGCUCCCAGCAGCCCCCUGGACUCAGUCUAUUACCACCGGGAGCUGCUGUGCCACUCCCUGGACAAGCUGCGCGUCGACCUGCUGACCGUCACCUCCUGCCACGGCAUGCAGGAGCGGCGUGAGCCGCGGCUCGACAAGCUCUUCCCAGACACGGCCACGCCACGGCCACGCUGCUUCACGGGCAAGAGGGUGUUCUUCCUGAGCAGCCGCGUGCACCCCGGUGAGACACCCUCCAGCUUCGUCUUCAAUGGCUUCUUGCACUUCAUCCUGCGCGAGGAGGACCCCCGUGCCCAGAUGCUGCGUCGCAUGUUCGUCUUUAAGCUCAUUCCCAUGCUGAACCCAGAUGGAGUGGUGCGAGGUCACUACCGGACUGACUCACGUGGGGUCAACCUGAACCGACAGUACCAACCCGAUGCCGAGCUGCACCCCGCCGUGUACGGGGCCAAAGCAGUGCUGCUGUACCACCACGUGCACAGCCGUGUGCUGCCGGGCAGCCCCGACUGGAGGACCUACGUCUCACCGCUCAGCACCAGUGUGCUCAGCACCAGAUCUUCCAACCAUUCCAUCCCAGAGGCAGCGCUGUCGGAGCUGGAGAAAACCAACAACCUCCGCAACGCUUCCAGCACUUGGAGUCGGGGCCUCGACCCUUCUCAGAAACCCCAGGUGGACCUGAUCCUCCCUGCACAGCGCUGCGAGGAGGAAGCUGGGCAGCCGCUGCCGCUUCCCGAAGCCAUCCUACCCCAGCACAGCGGGCUGGCCUACUAUGUCGACCUGCAUGGGCACGCCUCCAAGCGUGGCUGCUUCAUGUACGGGAACAGCUUCAGCGAUGAGAACGAUCAGGUGGAGAACAUGCUGUUCCCUAAGCUCAUCUCCUUGAACUCACCUCACUUUGACUUCACGGGCUGCAACUUCUCAGAGAAGAAUAUGUAUGCCAAAGACAAGCGGGACGGGCAGUCCAAGGAGGGCAGUGGGCGUGUGGCCAUCUACAAAGCGCUGGGCAUCAUCCACAGCUACACACUGGAGUGCAAUUACAACACGGGCCGCUCGGUGAACAGCAUCCCUCUGGCCUGCCAUGACAACGGGCGCGCCAGCCCCCCGCCACCACCCUCCUUCCCCUCCAAAUACACUGUGGAGCUGUUUGAGCAGGUCGGUAGGGCGCUGGCCGUGGCUGCACUGGACAUGGCAGAGUGCAACCCGUGGCCACGCAUCGUGCUGUCGGAGCACAGCUGCCUCAGCAACCUGCGGGCCUGGAUGCUGAAGCACGUGCGUGGCACGCGGGGCAACGGAGCCUGCGUGCGGAAGAGAGAAGGCCGCAGCCCCCCCAGGAGUGCCGGCGGGCUCCCGACCUCAGCCUCAGAGAGCGCCCUGUCCCGCGUGCGCAGCUUCAGCCACGGCAGCCAGCAGGACUCGCCCCGCGUCAGAGCCUCGCCCAGCUUCCCAGGUGCUGCUGUGGAUGCUCCGGGCCCGCAGAAGGGUGACACACAACCCCUGGCACCGCUCCGAGGGUUCCUGCCGGCAGGUGCCUGUGUGGAGUCAGCAUUGGGUACCAGCUACAGACUGCGGGAGGCUCCGCACCGUGGUGGCAGCAAGCCGGGGGCUGCGCACAGCACCGUGCUGCUGCAGGUAUGGCUGUGCAAAGGGGGAGCGGGGGCCUGGCCACUUCUCUGGGGGUCUGAAGGAUGUGGGGCUGGAGCAUGGCACAGCCACGGUUGCACCGGAAAGGGACGGGCCUAAUGUUCUGCUCU